AUGAAUAAGGUUAAGGUUUCUAAAACUUUUAAGCCUUUAGAAUUCCGUAAGUCGGUUUCAAAGGAUAAAAUAUCGACACCAAUUGCAAUUUCUAUGAAAGCUGCCCCCUCAAUCCUUCCUCCAAACAAGGUCAUAAAAGCAUUAUUUGAUUAUGAUGCGAAUGGACCUCAAGAAUUAUCAUUUGUUAAAGGUGAUUUCUUUCAUGUUAUCAGUAACGAUAAUGAUCCGGAUUGGUAUGAAGCAUGCAAUCCUGCAACCAAUAUGCAAGGUUUGGUUCCUGUUUCAUAUUUUCAAGUAUUAGAAAAAGGUGUAAGAAUGAGUGGAGAUGUCAAAGCUGAACCUGAUGCAAAAGCGGGAGAACCAAUUAUCAUAAUCGCUCAAUCGAACCAUGAAUGGUUCGUUGCUAAACCUAUUGGAAGGUUAGGUGGUCCCGGUCUUAUUCCUGUUUCUUUUAUUGAAAUAAGGGAUCAUGCAACUGGUAAAGCGAUAGAGAAUGUUCAAGAAUUAAUGGAUAACUCGGUGGUUCCAAAGGUUGAAGAAUGGAAAAAGAUGACUCAAGAUUAUGAAGAAAGUAGUAUCUCCUUGGGUCGUUUAAAUUCAAAGUUGGUGGAUCCCAAACUUGCUCCUGUUAAUAUAGAUCCAAAGUUGGCUCCCAUGUCGUUUGAAUUUGAUUCUCCAAUGUCUUUUGAUUUUGAUAAUCAAUUCUCUAUCAAUGCACUUCUUCCCGAAGUUAAUAAUGAUGACGAUAAUGAGGAUUAUUAUAGGAAUGCAGUUGAUAAUGCAUCCGACACUUUACCUAUGAGUCCUGAAAAUUCUUAUUCAAAUGAAGAGGAGGAUGAUGAAGAGAAUUUUAUUGAUAUGAUAUCAGCUUCAGUUGAUACGCACUAUUUUAAGGAUGAUAGAUAUUGGUUUGUGAUUAGGGUCAAAACGAUUACAGGAAGGUUUAGGUACUUAUACAGAGUAUAUGAAGAUUUUUAUGAAUUUCAAAUAGAACUUUUAAAUAGGUAUCCAGAAGAAGCAGGACGCACAGGAAAGCAACGCAUUUUACCAUUUAUGCCAGGGCCACUUUCAUUCGUUAAUGAAAGCAUUACAUCUCAAAGAAGAAUUGAUUUAGAUGCCUACGUUAAAGAGUUAUUAUGUUUACCAAGAUAUAUAUUAUUGAAUCCAUUAAUUAAUAAUUUGUUUGGAUUAAAAAAUGAUGAUGUGGAAACUGAUAAUCCAAAUGAUCCGGGAGAGAUCGUUACAAAUGAAAGAAUUUCUCUAUCAAGUCUAGACACUUCUCCAAUUGAUCCGACCCCUCCAAUGUCAUAUUCGAAUGCUUUUCAUCAACCCAAAAAGCAACCUUCUUCAAAUGGAAGUAUGAAACAUCAUAGGGUUUCUUCACUUACCGCCGGAGGAUCUUCACAUAGAUUAGAAGGGUUAAAAAUUAAGAUAGAGCAUCGUGGGGAUUUAUAUGCCAUCCUUCUUAGUAAGGAUGAUAUGAAUUUUUCAAAAUUUCAAAAGAAACUACAAGAUCGUUUCGGUGAACUUGAUAAUUUGAAAUAUAAAGAUAAUGGUGAAUUCAUAAGGUUAAAUGAUGAAGCUACUUUUAAUAAAGCAUUAAAAUUUGGUACAAAAUUGUUACUUUCUUUAGAUCAAUGA